AUGAUCGUAAGCUUCAAGCUCGAGACGGACCCCGCCAUCCUCGUCCACAAGGCCCGCUACAGCCUCGACCGCUACCAGCACCAUCUCGUCAUCGGGAACCUGCUGUCGACGCGCAAGUGGGAGGUCGUCUUUGUGAGCCCCGGCCGUCCGGACCACUGGGUGCGCGUGCCGAGCGCCGCGCGCGAGGCCGCGAGCCACCGCCGCGAUGCGGGCGCCGCGGCAGCAGGUCGGCAGGGGCCGACACAGGCGCAGGCGCAGGCGCAAGGGGAUGAGCAUGUCGAUGAGAAGCCCAUGGACCCGGCGUGGCUGCCCGAUGGCGAGCCCGAGGUCGAGAUUGAAAGCCUCAUCAUCCCGGCGGUCGAGGCGUUGCAUCGGGAGCACAUCAAGGCAAGCGCGGCUAGCAAAUAG